UGGCCAGAAUAUUUAGACGUCUGCCACAAGAACAAGACUCUGAGAGAAAGUUCAUCAUUUGGCAUAUUCAUAGACUGCAAAUAUGUCACUGCUAAAACUCAUGAUUUUUCUGCCCGUACUGAUGCUGUCUGCAUUUACUGGAACAGCGGAUGGAUAUUACACGUACGGGAUGUCUGAAUGCGUCUACAGCGCCAGUGAUUACAGUGACAUGGUGUAUCUCGUGUCAUAUUCCUUCAAUAAAGCUGUGGAUCUACAGUACAACAGCACUGUGGGGAAGUUUGUGGGGUCCACUGAGCAAGGAGUGAAAAUGGCAGAGAACUUCAACAACAAUCCGGCCUACCUGCAGCAGCGGAAAGCUCAGGUGGACGGAUACUGCAAACAUAAUGCUCAGGUCCUGGACUCAGCUGUCCGUGAUAAAGCAGUGCAACCGAAGAUUUCACUCAAGUCAGUGAAGCAGGCUGGUGGCAGCCAUCCAGCCGUAUUGAUGUGCAGUGCAUAUGACUUCUACCCUAAAAAAAUCAAAGUGUCCUGGCUGAGAAACGGUAAAGAGGAAACCUCAGACGUGACCUCCACUAUGGAGCUGGCUGAUGGGGACUGGUACUACCAGAUCCACUCUCACCUGGAGUACACCCCCAAAUCUGGAGAGAAGAUCUCCUGUGUGGUGGAGCACGCCAGCUCAACUAAACCCAUCAUCACAGACUGGGAUCCUUCUCUCCCUGAACCUGAGAGGAAUAAAAUCGCCAUCGGAGCCUCUGGUCUGGUGCUGGGAGUCAUCAUCGCAGCUGCUGGACUCAUUUACUACAAGAAGAAAUCAUCAGGGAGGAUCCUGGUACCAAACUGAUACAGUCAGUCUGACGUUACCUGAUGCUGACUGGAACAGGACCUGUUUGGAUCACUGAUGGAAUCUUUGACACAACUUUCACAUACAGUCUCCUUAUACUGAAAUUACCACUUGUUUCACUUUAAUGAAGUAAUAAUGAAAAUGAAAAGCAAACAGCAUCAAACAUACAUGACUUGUAUUUGAGCAGCUCUAUCUAAUGUCAGCGAUAAAAUAAAACGUGUAUUUUAUAGAGAAUAUGUGUAGUAAUGAUUUAGCUUGAACUCUCUAGAGCUGAUCAAGCAAAGUGAAUGGUGUUGUUAUAAAGCUUUUCAAUCGAUGUUUCCAUAGAAGUUAUUACUAUUAUGAAACCGAAGCUUCAGAGUCAGAGAGGCUUCAUUCGCAAAACGGAUUUUGACAUUUCCUUUCUUUUUAAGUAAAUAUAUUUGAAAAAAAUAUGCUUAAGCUCUAGUUGUAUAAAAUGUUGAAUGAUUCAAGUUUCUUUUCCAUAGAUAAAUGCCUGACGUGUAAACAUUUAUUCACGAAACUUUAGCGCCCCUACUGUUUCUUUUUUGUUGUUAAUUGUGCAUUUAAUUUCAGAUGUGAUUCUUCCUUUAAAUUAUCCUACUAAUACUACUUUGAUGUUACUUUGAUGCAUUAUCAUAUGCGGAAAUUAUUGAACCUGUACAUUUUUAGCCCUUAAUAAAUAUUUCUUUAAAAAACUAA